UGAGUUCCCUAUAGACAGACUCAGGCAAAGGGUUAGUGUAAAAGCUACGUUUUCUUUGUGUAGAUAGGAGUAGAAAGGGGUCUAGAUUGGUCUAGAAAGGACUUUUAAACUUAUCAUAUACCAUCCAUAACUAGAUUGCUGGACUAAUACAACUGUGGAGCUUGCUGUAACAACACAUGGAUUAAUUGGGAAAGAAAAACUGUUGGAUGAUAUCUGUAAAUGGUCACCAAAUUUGAAUCUGGUCUGACCCUGUUUGUGACCUCCCACAGGAAGUGAAUGUAGAUUGAGGUGUUUUUACAGUGAUAAUGCUAGACAGUAUUUAUAUGUUGUACAUGGUGUAUGUCCACUAGAUCUGAAAAUUCAGAAGAGUUUCACUAGUGGACAUGAGCUUGAGUUUUAUUGAGGACUGUCAGUUAUAAAGAUGAUUUUGGAUUCAGUUGUACCCUCUUCAACAAAUUGGUUAGAAUGUACGAUGGAGUCCGACCAGAUGUCUGCAGAUGAAAUCUACAUGGUUCUACAAGCUGAUAUGUUAAAUAUCAAGCAACAGGAACAAGUGUUACAAACAGAAAUCGAUAGUAUUAAAUCAAAGUUUUUGAAACUACUUCAAACAGUCGGCCUCGAGAAUGAACUGCCUGUUGAUUUUGAUACCGAAGUGAAGAUGGCUUCCCCUGAUAGAGUCGAGAUGACACCAACUACUACAACCCACAGAAUGCACUACAGCUACGCUGAUUACCUCAUUGAUCAACUUCUAGCCCAGGCUAGUAUAACCGAUUCCGAAGAUGAAAGCGUCUGUACUAAUGAUGAAAAUAAUAUGAACUAUAAUAAUGUGGACACUUGUGAUAAUAGUAAUCUGGUUUCGCGCCAGUUAGAAAAUGCCAGAAAGCUUUCUGUGUUACGAGAAGUUAAUAUUCGUGUGUCUCAAACUCUGUCAGAAAUAACUACCUCCGGCAACAGUGUUGUGAAUUCAAGUUCUUCUUCCGACGGAUAUCCACAGACCACCACAGAUGAGUCAUCUUCUGAGAAUCAAGUUGUACCAGAUUUAGAUUUAGAGAAAGAACUUGUUUCCCGUCUGCACUAUUACUCUGACUUCACGAUCGACCGCCAACGAAAGAUUAAUACCUUAACUACCAACAUCAUCAAUGCCACACUACGUGAAAGGAGCAAUAUAGCAGAAACAAUAGAUUUAGACACUACUGAAUGUCCUGCCAUAUCCGAGCGUCAUGUUGAAGGUUGUGAAGAUAAUGACAGAUCACCAAGAUCACGAAAUAUUGUGGGUUCUGCAUCAAACUCAUCUACUUCAAGUACCCUGAGAAAAUCCAAGAACAAAUCAUCAUCUAGGAAUAGCAGUCAUCCCCUAGCAUCAUCUACCAUGAGCCAUAGUAAGACCUCAUCAUCUUCAUCUCGUAGUUCUCGAAGCAGCAGUAGAAGUAGCAGAAGUAAUUCUCAUCCUUUGGCUUCGUCAACUGUGAUGUGUGACCCAUCAACCAACAUCUAUCCCAGCAGUACAAACUCUGAGAGUGUCUACACUUGGUCCUUAGAUGAAAACACAGACCGUGUCAACUUGGAAGAAUCUUACCUCCGCAGUCGAAAAAGAAAUCAGAAAAAUCAUUCUUCAAAGAGAUCCAGACAUUCGUCCAGAGAUCGACAACUAGAACAAGUAUCAAGUCUCAACAUUACCAAUAUGGUGUCGGCUAUUGAAGCUUCUUCAGUUUCCAGAAAAGAGAAUUUUACUGACAGUUUUUGUGAAGAUCCUGAUCUUGGUUACAAGUCUCAGACUCUACCUAGAACCAGUACCAGAGCUUGUCUGCUUUUUGAUAACAAAUCCAGUGGGAGUUCUUCAUCUGAUAUCAAGACGUCCUCUCUGCCAAAUAUUACAGGAAGCAACAGAUUGUUAAGCGAAUUGCCAGCACAUAUCUCAAAAUCCAGUCAAGCCUUAGGUUCACCACUAACAGAAAGACUUGAAUUACCAGGAAAAUCCAGCACUACCAGUGAAAGUCAGGAAAGUGCAGGACUAGAAGUUCACCCAGCUUCUGCCACCCAGUUUUUAGCUAGCACGAUUUAUGAUGAUUGCACACGGGUGACCGAGAUAACUGGAACAGACAGUUCAUUAUUAGACUCUAUUUUAACUGAUAGUCCUAAAAGUGUUGACAGCAGUGGUAUUUUUGCACCCUAUAACUCUGAUGCGACUGAGUCCCGGGGAUACACAACUAGCAGUGUUCCCUCUUCUGAUGGUAAUGGUCCCCGUGCCCCCCCACCAACACCACCCACCAUCAAGGCUCCAGUUGUUGCUGAUCCAGUUUUUAAAGUGCCAUUUAGUCCUGCUGCUCGUUCUCGCUCCAGGUCACACUCUCGCUCCAGAAAAGAUUUAAGAGCAUCAACACCACUACCUAGUUCUGAAGAAUCUACCCAAAGUGAGCCUUUACGACGACAACUAUUUUCACCCCUUGCCAACAGCACACAGAUUGAGCCAAAGAGAUUAGAUAAAAAAGCCUUAGUUAAAAAAUUCAAGAAGUUUAGCCAUAGUUUUUAUAAAAAAGACAAGAAUGGACAUUCUCAAAUUCAAACUUUGGCGAAUUUAUGAAAUGUGAAGCAAAAAAAAACUUCAUAAAAAAACAAUAAUGUGAUAAAUGACACUUUAUGUGCAAAGUUUUAACUUGUGAUGUGUGAAUAUUUGCUCAGAGUAAUGACUCUUGUGUGUUUUUAAGUGUAAAAUAUUUAUAUAUAUAUACAUAUUAUAUAAGGUUGUGAAAAAAAAAGCCAACCAAAGACAUCAUGCCAUCUGCUAGAUACAGGCAUAUUUGGGUGCAAUAAUGUAUGGAAGUUGAAAUCUUAAGUCUGUCUUCAUUUUUUCAAACUUUUUCUUCCUUUCUAUCCCUCCUCACCAUUCUUGUAAAUAGUUUGUUUUCAUAUGUACAAAUGUAUAUAGGAUUUUGUUAUUAAGAAGAUCUAAAUUAUUUUUGUUCCAUAAAUCCAGUGCUAAGUAAGCUGUCAGAAAGAUUUUCUAGUCUGUUGAAAAACUUCAAUAAAGCCAGUUUGAAACUA